AUGAGGGUCAUACGAGACAAGCUAGCUAGAUCCCUGUACACGGGCGACACGCCAUUACGGAAAUUCGAACGGCUGUGUCGAUACUGCGGAAGUCACUUGAAGGCAGAAAUAGAGGCUGCUCGGGAUGCUCUCCAUCUCAAUAUCCCAUGGCGCAAGUGCAAUGUGCGCAAGACCGCCAAGCACAAAUACACUCUGAACAUGGACGACAUCUAUAUCUACGAGUCCGAAUUCGUUGGAGAAAGCUACCGUUGUGUGCGGAACUGCACUAGGAGUAGCUGCAUUCGCACCGAUGAAGAGGACGCUGACCCUGAUUCGGUCAACAGUAAGGAUGCCGGUGUGGGAGGCCUCGAGGAUGAGGCUUCGUCAAUGUCUUCGUCAAUGCAUGGCAGCACUAGUUCGCGGGUCUCUCGGCGAUACACAAGCUUCACCACUGUCUCGUCUUUAGACCCCAUGGAUGAAGAAAGAUCAUACCACUGCGAGUCGGACUCCGUUGAUUUGGCGAGCCUGCACAGGCAAAGGCACCUCUCUUCACCCUCCUUCGAAGAGAGUUACCAUCCUGCAGAGACGCCACCAUGGGAGUCACUGACGUUGGUCUCGAGUUCUUCGGACGAAUGGCAGUCUGUUUUCAGCCGUGACAGGACUGGCAGCGGUCACACCGCGUAUGACGAAGGCGCUUCUACCCAAGAGGACGAUUCCCGAAUUUGUUCCCCCCGAUGCCUCGACCUCGAGAACAUGGAGGAUUGGAGCAUUGAUGGCAAUGGCAACUUGUGGCCGAAUGAGAUUUUAAGACACACGACAGUUACAUUGAUCGGGCGAGCUGAGACGCAGCGACGUUGA